CAUGGAAUUGGAUUAUGGGUUCGAGGUAAAGCCGAAGAAAGAGAACCAUUGCCGCCCAGUGGUGAUAUGCAGAAUGCCAACUUCUGACGGUACGUCAUCACCUGGCAAGGAAGAAAAGCACAGAAAGAAAGGUGUCACAGUUAUCCAAAAGUGUUUCCACGUGAGUUAGUGGAAUCAUGACGCCGAUACAAGCACCAGAGAUCCAGUUCGCCCAAAGAUUGGCCUCUAACGAGAUGCCCAUGCGAACAAAGGCUAUCAAGAAGCUACAAAAAUAUAUCACCGUUAGGUCACAAGCCACCGACGGUGGGUUCUCCAGCGAUGAGUUACUCAAGUUAUGGAAGGGCCUCUUUUAUUGUCUGUGGAUGCAGGACAAGUUACUACUUCAGGAGGAGCUGUCAAAUCAGAUCUCUGGUCUCAUUCACUGCUUCCAGAAUGUUCAAACUCAGUUUUUUUUUCUGGAGACUUUCCUGCAGACAAUGAAAAAAGAAUGGACUGGCAUUGACAGACUUCGUAUGGAUAAGUUUUUCCAGCUGGUUCGUUUCAUGUUCCGGAAAACAUUGGAAAUGAUGAAGAGCAAAGAAUGGGAGACCAGUUUGGUGACCAGGUUCCUGGAUGUCCUGACUUCCCAGGUCCUCCACAGUACCAGUGGAGCACCUGCUGGGUUGCAGUUUCACAUAAUGGACCUCUACAUGUCAGAGCUGGCUGCAGUCGGAUCUGCUGAGCUCACAGCAGCUCAGAACCUGACAUUCAUUGACCCGUUCUGCAAAAUAGCAUCCAAGACCAAAGACCGGAUCCUGCUUAAGGCUAUCUGCAGCAGUAUCUUCAGCGUCAUUGUGGACCAAGCUCCUUUCGCCAUUGAAGACCUGAUGAAGGAGGUGAAGGCUUCAGGUGUGGGUGUAGAUGACUCUGACUCAGGACAGGCUUCUGAAGAAGAAGAGGAAGAAAAAGUGAAGACUCUGAAGGGCAAAAAACCUGCAAAGAAAACCGCUCUGAAGCAGUCCAGUGGCACGUUAUCAACAGAUUAUGAUGAGAAUUUGGAUGAAGAGGAAGAUGAAAUGCUUCACCUUGAGAGUGAUUCUGAGUCUGAGAUGCUGGAUGAUAAGGAAGUGGGACCCGUUCUCCAGUUUGACUACUCUGCCUUGGCUGACAGGCUGUUUGGGUUAGCCAGCCGCAGCAACACCUCCAGUCACAACAGACAGAGACUCUACAAAGUCAUCAAGAUUUUCCGUGAUCUCAGUGAAGGAGUCUUCCCACAGGAUGAGUACCCUGAGGAAGUGUCAACUGAUGAGGAUGAUGAUGAAAUGUUUGGCAGCAGGAAAAGGAUGAAGAGAGGAAGAGGCUUUGGGGAGGAAGAUGAGGCGGAAGGGAGCACUCCAGCCAAGAAACAGAGAGGGAAGAAGGCUGCAAAACCAGGAAAGUCUAACCAGGGUGUGGCACCAGACGAGAGCAAAGCAGCAGAGGCCCCCAGUGACACUACCACUAAGAAGAACAGAAAGAAGAUGAAUAUAACUGGGAGAGGUGAAGAGCAGAACAGGGUGUUGAAGGCUGAGGUGGACACAACUCCUGCCACAGCACCACAAACAAAGACAUGUUCUGAGUAAGCUACAGGAGCUCUCCUGAGGUUGGAAAGACCACAGUAAAGACUGAAACUAGCAAGGGCACAGACGCAGUAGAGAAAAUAAAACGAAAGGCUGUCCUGGACGACAAGGCCGCUUCUGUUGGGGGCAUUACCAUUAUGCUACAUGGGCAUUCAAAAUGUUUUAAGUAAUAAAAAAAAAAGGGAUCCCUGGGAUCUUGGCACAAUUACAUCACCUAGCUGACUUCAUUAUAAAUCCACAUCCCUGCUUGCCAAUCAAACAUACUGGAAACCAAAACAAGAUUACAAGGUCCUAGACUGAAAGUCCAUUUCAGAUUUCAACAAAAUGUCAUUUUCUUACCAAAAGGUGAAUGGAACUCUUAUGCAAACAUUUUUCAAUGCAUAAGAGUUGGGCAUUGGUGUCUUGGAGUAGGCUUUCUAAACUGGCAACAAUAAAUUCCUAUAUUUUCUUUCAAACUGAGUUUGUGGCGCCAGUUAAUUUGACAAUGCGGUCUGAUUUCAACCAGAAGGCUGACAGAAGAAUAAACAAUGACUAACCUGAAUAACUAAAACAAGACUGUCUUUAAUUAAACACUCACCCACCCACAAAGAACAUG